GCAUGAUCCUUCUGGUCUAUAGAAAACAUGUGUGCUGGCACUGUGCCAGUAGUUCAGCCCGAAAAAGCGGCAACAAUAUCGAGCUAUUUGGAGUCUCGAAGUCUUCGCUCAUCAUGACCCGGUCAUCAGUCGAUCUGAUUGUGACACCCAACUAAACAAUGAAGCAAUUCGAGGCAGUGUCUGCCGACAGAGCAAGGCAGCUGGAAUCUUCCCAAGUCAAUUUCAAUGACGUCGCCAACACCAACGCAGAAACCCAAGAUCGCGAUAAAGCGUCAGAAGAACUUCCACGAUGGCGGCUUCUUACUAUGCUGUUUGCACUUACUAUCGCCAAUGUCAUGAUGGCUUUAGACACCACUAUCCUGGGUAUGCCCAUUGCCUGGCUCUCUUUCAUAAAUCUUCCUAUUCUGGUUUGACAACAAUUUCUUGUCUGGAAAUCUACAAUCGAUGUACAUACUGACCAAAUUUUCUUUUUUUGGAAAAAAAGCGCCUGUUUUACCGACAAUGACUUCGGAGUUUCAUACUGUCGAUAAUACCGGUUGGUACUUCAGUGCUUAUCUUUUGGCCCAAAUGGCAUGCCAGCCUCUGGUUGGCCGCAUGCUCUUAUUCUAUGAUCCUAAACGAUGCUACAUGGUGUCUAUAAUCCUCUUCGAAGUCGGCUCCAUCCUCUGCGCCACCUCUCCGACCUCCGUAGUCUUCAUCUUUGGCCGCGCUCUUGCAGGGUGUGGCGCUGGCGGUAUCGUCACGGCUAGCAUUGGAAUAUAUGGCAGUUCCGCGCCGAUGCGAGAGCGACCGAGAGGUAUAGCUAUUAUUGCCGUUCUGCAGUCUAUCUCCUAUUUCUCAGGACCAAUUCUGAGUGGAGCAAUAACCGAAUCAUCAUUAACAUGGCGAUUCUGCUUUUGGAUUAACCUACCUGUUGGUUUUGUGUCACUUGUCGCCGUGUUCUUCGUCAUAAAACCAAGGCCAAGUCCACACAAACAUCUUCCUCUGCGUGAGAAGUUUCGUAAGGCUGACCCUACAGGCGCCGCACUGCUUACAGGCAGCUUAGUAUCCCUUUUUCUGGCUCUAGAAUGGGGCGGAACAACUUUACCAUUCUCGUCGCCACAGGUUUGGGGUUGCUUCCUUUCCUGUGGUCUUCUGGCUGCCGUAUUUGCGGUAUCCCAAGUGCUGAAGAAGGACAACGCAGUCAUUCCACUCCGUAUUUUCAAGCAGCGAACCGUUGCUGUCUGCUGUCUCUAUUCGCUACUAUAUGGUGUAGCAAAUAUCAUUCAUUCAUCAUUACUCUCUACCUACUUUCAGACGGUACAGGACGUGAAUAUCACCAUGUCUGGGGUCUACUAUGUGCCGCGGACUUUAUCUAGUCUCAUUGGCAGCGUGAUCACCGGCUUCACGGUCACAGCCUGUGGAUAUUACGUACCGUUCUUAUGGGCUGGUCCUCUGUUUUUUCUUGCUGGAAGUGUGUUACUCCAGCAUCUAGGCGCUGAGAGCACGAUGGCUCAGUAUCUCGGCUAUCAGACUGUCGUUGGUUUUGGCUUCGGUGUAUCCAUUCAUAUGUCAAUCAUUGCCGUGCAAGUGGUAAGUAGUCCGGAAGACAUGCCCCUAGCGGCGGUGAUGGAGGUCUUUAGCGGUCAACUUGGAGGUGCUGUGGGUGCUAGUAUUGGGCAAAACCUUUUUGUAGGCCAGCUCAAACGCCGAUUACGAAUGGUUGUGCCUUCGGACGAGGCGGAAGCAUUUGCGAGCGCCGGGCUUACAGAUAUGAUCAAUUCCAUGAAAGGCUUUGAUGUCAAGACUAGGGAAAGCUUUCGCUUAGCACUAAGCGAUGCGGUCACCACUGCUUUCAUUGUGCCGAUUGUGGCGACGGCUGCUGCUGCUGUCGUGAGCUGGUUCGUUGAAUGGAAGACGAUCGACGUCUCGAAGCCAGCGGCGCCUAAACGUUCAGACGUUCCCACCGAAGCGUCUGUUAAUGAUACUGAGAAAGGUACUGCUAAGUCAAGCGGAACUUGAGCAUUAUGGUAUCAAUUGCAAAAGCUAUAAACAUUCUACAUCACCUAAUAAACUGCGAAUCAUUCUCAACCUAGCCAGCUCAACGCAGCUAUCAAUUAACCAUUCAAUGUCCUGUGCCUCCUCUGAACACCUCUGUCUAUCAGCUAUUUGAAGAAUUUGGGAAUUAUCUAAGUUAAAAGAAUUUACAUUACCAAUAAGCAAGGAACUCACUGGACGUCAAAACAUUACCCAGAACAGCGCCCCAUUCCAAAGAGAACUUGAAAGAAACUCGACUGUCUAGCCAGCUAGCCGAUAAGAGACUCGUAUCAUAGUUUCAAGCAAUCAGAAC